AUGCCAUCAAAAAAGGGUAACAGGCAGGUCUUAUUACUUGAGCGGGUGUUGCAGAGAUAGUCUCUCUUUCUUUCUCCUUAUUCAUAAUUUUCCAAAAAAAAAAAAAAACGGUAACCGAUCAUAGCUUAUAGAUUAAGUAUCGUGUCAAAGUGAUCAUCAUCAACCUUCCAUUCAUUUCUCUCUUUGCUAGCUGGCUUCCAUACAGAGCUAAAGGCUUUCUCCUUUUGUUCCUCUCGCUAUAUUUUAUUAUUGACCAGUGCUUUCCGCAAAUAUUUUCACAAAUUAAGACUGGUGGAAAAUGGCUAUCGAAAGUGCUGGUGGAUCCAUUGCAUCUAAGAUAGCAGAACGCUUGGUGGAACCAGCAAUAAGGCAGUUCCAUUACAUGUUCUGUUUCAACAAUUUUGUUCAAGAAUUCGAUGACCAAAUGAUGAACCUUGCUGUGGCACUUUAUCGUCUGCAAGAUGCUGUCAACGUUGCUAAAAGGAAUGCUGAAGAAAUUGAGAUUGAUGUCAACAAAUGGCUGGAAGAUGCAAAAAAUGAAGUUGAAAGUGUGAAUCGUUUGCGAAAUGAAAAAAGGAAAAUUGGCAAAUGCUUUACUUGGUGUCCAAAUUGGAUGCGACAAUUCAAGUUAAGCAAGGCACUGGCGAAGAAGACGGAGACUUUGAGAAAACUUGAAGAAAAUAGCAGAAAGUUUCCAAAAGUGUCCCACAAAGCACCUCUUCAAGAGAUAAAAUUUCUUCCAUCAAAGGAAUUCACACUCUCAGGAUCGUCAAAAGAAGCUUUCAAACAGAUUAUGAAAGCUCUCAAAGAUGACAAGGUCAAUAUGAUCGGAUUGUACGGCAUGGGAGGGGUGGGUAAAACCACCCUGGUGAAAGAAGUAGCCAGGAGGGCCAAAGAGUUGCAGUUGUUUGAUGAAGUUCUGAUGGCUACACUGUCCCAGAAUCCAAAUGUCACAAGCAUCCAGGAUCAAAUGGCAGAUAGUUUAGAUCUGACUUUUGUCAAGAAGAGUAAAGAAGGGAGAGCAAAUGAAUUAUGGCAGAGACUGCAGGGAAAGAAGAUGCUUAUAGUCCUGGAUGAUGUUUGGAAAGAUAUUGACUUCCAAGAGAUAGGGAUCCCAUUUGGUGAUGCUCACUGGGGUUGUAAAAUUCUUCUAACAACACGUCUUGAAAACGUAUGUUCGUCUAUGGAUUGCCAGGAAAAAGUGUUUUUAAGAGUCCUAUCUGAAAAUGAAGCAUGGAAUUUAUUCCAAAUCAAUGCAGGUUUACGUGAUGAGGACUCUGACUUGAACAGAGUGGCAAAGGAGGUUGCGAGAGAAUGCCAAGGCUUGCCUAUAGCACUUGUGGCAGUGGGAAAGGCUCUAAGAGAUAAAUCUGAACAUGAGUGGGAAGUAGCAUCUGAAGAGCUCAAAAAAUCUCAAUCUCGGCACAUGGAAAAAUUUGAUGACCGAAGAAAUGCAUAUGCAUGUCUUAAAUUGAGCUAUGAUUAUUUGAAGUACAAGGAAACCAAGUUAUGUUUCUUGCUAUGCUGUUUAUUUCCAGAAGAUUACGACAUUCCAAUCGAGGAGUUGACGAGAUAUGCAGUUGGCUACGGGUUACAUCAAGAUGUGGAGUCCAUUGAAGGUGUAAGGAAACGAGUUUAUAUUGAAAUCGAAUACCUCAAAGAUUGUUGUAUGCUGUUGGGCACAGAAACUGAAGAACAUGUGAAAAUACAUGACUUGUUUCGUGAUGUUGCUAUUCAGAUAGCAUCAUCAGAAGAAUAUGGAUUCAUGGUAAAGGCUGGCAUUGGGUUGCAGGAGUGGCCAACGAGCAAUAAAAGCUUUGAAGGUUGUACAGUAAUCUCGUUAAUGGGCAAUAAACUCACAAAACUUCGUGAAGGAUUGGUUUGUCCACAGCUCAAAGUUCUAUUGUUAGGACUGGAUCGUGGUUUGAAUGUUCCAGAGAGGUUUUUUGAAGGGAUGAAAGCAAUUGAAGUUUUGUCUCUAAAGGGAGGGUGUUUGUCAUUGCAAUCACUUCAAUUCUCAACGAACCUUCAAUCGUUGCUGUUGAUCCACUGUAAAUGCAAGGACCUCAUUUCAUUGAGAAAGCUGCAAGGACUUGAGAUUCUUGGUUUUACAGGGUGCGACUCCAUUGAAGAAUUACCUGGUGAAAUUGGGGAGCUCAAGGAGUUGAGGUUGUUGGAUGUGACAGGUUGUGAAUUGCUAAGAAGGAUUCCAGUGAAUUUGAUUGGAAGGUUGAAGAAGUUAGAAGAACUGCUAAUCGGGUGUUACAGCUUUAAGGAAUGGGAUGUCGUUGGGACAAGCCGGGGAGGAAUGAAUGCAAGCCUAACAGAACUGAACUCGUUGUCUCAUUUAGCUGUAUUAUCAUUGAGGAUACCGAAGGUUGAACGCAUUCCCAGAGAUUUUGUUUUUCCCAGGUUGCUCAAAUAUGAUAUUUGGGUGUUAGGGGAUGGGUAUUCAGAACUUGAUAAUGAAUACCCAACUGCAAAGACAAGAUUAUAUUUGGGUGAAAUCAGCGCCACAUCCUUAAAUGCGAAGACAUUUGAGCAGUUGUUUCCUACUGUGUCUCAAAUUAGCUAUCGUAGAGUGGAGGGUUUAAAAAAUAUUGUAUUGUCCUCUGAUCAUGGCCAUGGGUUGCGAAAGGACUUCUUACAAAGAUUAGAACAUGUCAAAGUGAAUGGAUGUGGGGAUAUUUGCACUCUGUUUCCAGCAAAAUGGCGGCAAGCUUUGAAAAAUCUAAGGAGAGUGACUAUUAGUAACUGCAAAUCAUUGGAAGAGGUAUUUGAAUUGGGUGAGGCUGAUGAAGGAAUUAACGUGGAGAAGGAGCUGCCGCUGCUGUCAUCUUUAACAGAGUUACAGCUGUCACAUUUACCUGAGCUCAAAUGUAUAUGGAAGGGGCCCACCAGACAUGUCAGCCUCCAAAGUCUUAUUCAUUUGAAGUUGUGGUAUCUUAACAAACUGACAUUUAUCUUCACACCGUCCCUAGCUCAAAGUCUUAUUCAUCUAGAAACACUACAGAUAGAAAAUUGUCGUGGAUUGAAGCAUCUUAUCAUUGAAAAGGAUGACGAAAGGGAAAUAAUUCCAGAGUCUCUUGGCUUCCCAAAAUUAAAAACUCUCUCUAUAAGAGGCUGUGAUAAACUGGAAUAUGUCUUCCCUUUCUCUGUGUCUCCAAGUUUUCAGAACCUAGAGGAGAUGGAGAUUGGUUUUGCUGACAAUUUAAAGCAAGUAUUUUACAAUGGAGAAGGAGAUGCAGUCACCAGAGAUGGCUUCAUCAACUUCCCUCAGCUAAGAGAAUUGUCUCUUUCAAGUUGCAGCUUUUUUGGUCCAAAGAAUUUUACUGCCCAAUUGCCUUCUUUGCAAGUGUUAACCAUUAAAGGCCACGAAGAAUUGGGUAAUUUGUUGGCACAGCUACAAGGUUUUACAAGUUUGGAAACAUUAAAGUUGUCCUCCCUGCUUGUGCCUGACUUGAGGUGUAUAUGGAAGGGUCUCGUGCCAUGCAAUUUGAUUGCUUUGGAGGUGAAAGAGUGUAAGAGACUGACACAUGUAUUCACAAACAACAUGAUUGCUAAUUUAGUUCAACUGGAAGUUCUAUACAUAUCAACUUGUGAGGAAUUGGAGCAAAUCAUAGCUAAGGAUAUUGAUGAUGAAAAUGAUCGAAUUUUGCCAGAAAGUGAUCUCCAAUCUUUAUGCUUCCCCAAUUUGUGUCGAUUUGAAAUCAAUGAAUGCAACAAGUUAACAAGUCUCUUCCCAGUAGCCAUAGCUUCAGGUCUCCCGAAGCUCCAAAUACUUAAAGUAAGCCAAUCCUCUCAUCUAUUAGGAGUAUUUGGGCAGGAUGAUCAUGCUUCACCUGUCAAUGUUGAGAAGGUGAUGGUGCUCCCUGAUCUACAGGAGUUGUUGCUUGUGCAAUUACCAAGUAUUUCCUGCUUUAGUCUCGGAUGUUAUGAUUUCUUGUUCCCUCGUUUGGAGAAGUUGAAGGUGUAUGGAUGCCCAAAGCUAACCACAGAAUCUGCAACUACAUCAAAUGACUCAAUGAGUGAUCAAUCAGAGGGGUUUAUGAAUUUGAAAGAAAUAUCUAUUAGAAACUUGGAAGGAGUACAAGAUUUAAUGCAAGUUGGACGUUUGGUAACUAAUAGAAGAAAUGAGCAUAAACUUUCACUUGUGAGUUUGAAAACAUUACAGUUGAACUUAUUGCCAGACAUGAGGUGUCUCUGGAAGGGUCUCGUGCCGAGCAAUUUGACUACUUUGGAGGUGAAAGAGUGUAAGAGAUUGACACAUGUAUUCACAAACAACAUCAUUGCAAGUCUAAUUCAACUGAAAAUUCUAGAGAUAUCAAAUUGUGAGGAAUUGGAGCAAAUUAUUGCUAAGGGUAAUGGUGAUGAAAAUGAUAAGAUAUUGUCAGGAAGUGAUCUCCAAUCUUCAUGCUUCCCUAAUUUAUAUCGACUUGAGAUCAGACGAUGCAACAAGUUGAAGAGUCUCUUCCCAGUAGCCAUAGCUUCAGGUCUCAAAAAGCUCCAAAUACUUCAAGUAAGAGAAUCCUCUCAAUUAUUGAGAGUAUUUGGGCAGGAUGAUCAUGUUUCUACUGUCAAUGUUGAGAAGGAGAUGGUGCUCCCUAAUCUGCGGUUGUUGUUUCUAGAAAAAUUACCAAGCAUUGUCUACUUCAAUCAUGGAUAUUAUGAUUUCUUAUUCCCUUGUUUGUGGACGUUAAAGGUGCGUCAAUGUCCAAAGCUGACCACAAAAUUUGCUACUACAUCAAAUGGUCCAAUGCGUGCUCAAUCAGAGGUAUCUCAAGUAGCUGAGGAUUCCAGCACCAGUUGCUCCAUGCCAACCAACACUUGUAGAAUGUGGACCCGGAAAAAUGGGUGGGAAUAGAAAGAGGAAGAGGGAAUUUUUAGCAUAUACUAGAUUACUGAGUAGGCAGACUCCGGCCGUAAAACCAAACAUUGAUUGAUUUCGGGCUGCAAAUGAAGUUAUACAACUCAAUUUCAGGCGUUCAUCACCAUUUUCAAAUAUCUGAGAUGAAGACUACAAAACAUAUGAAGGGCAUAGAACUCAGUUUUGCUGUUUUGAAGCCCAAAGAGCGAGUCGAAAAACAUGGAUUGAAUCAAACCCGAACUUCCUAAACUCCAAAUGUUGUCUCGGGUUAUGACCCAUAUCUCAAGUCUAAGAGGUCCAAAAAUUGCAAAAUCAGUGUCAUUGGAAAGAUGAUUCGACUUUCUACAAUUUCUCCAGAAAUAGAGAUCUUUGAAUUCGCACGUUUCUUGCCUCAAAUCUGGCCUGCAAUAUCCGGAUAGAAAAGAAAUCAAAACAGAGAAGGAAACUUUCUUCAUUCAGCAGGGGGUAAAAAGGCGAGAGUAUUAGAGAAAGAGGGGAGAUCAGCUAGGGAAACGAACAAAACAGAGAGAGACCCUACAAUACACCAAAAAGAGAGGAGAGAAGCAGCACAAAGUGGAGACUAAAACAGAGAAAAACAGGGGGAUGAAAAUCGAAGAAGAUUGGAGGACACUUAUCUAUUCUACUGCCAUUCUCUGCUUUUGAGUGAUGUUCAUCGUAUCAAGUUUGUUUCUCUUUAAUUUAACUAUGGAGUAGACUUUUAUUCUGGGAUUUUUGAUGUAAUCUUACUAAGAAUAUGUGAACAAUUUCUUUUGAUUGAAUUAUUAUAUUAGUUGUUGAGUA